AUGAGUGAGCAGAAAAAGAUGAAGGAACUGAUGUCAGGCAUCUUAUUUGGUGCCGUGGCAAUAUCGACUUACUUCAUUGUCCGAGACUUCAUCGCCCCCUACCUGGUCAAGAUCAUUGAUCCUGAUUAUGAAAAAAAUGAGAGAACAAGGAUAAAGGCCCAAGAAAACCUCCGGAGAAUACGGCGAAAACAGAUCGCGGAAAAGGGCGACAAUGAAGAUGGAACAGACGACCCAUCACGACGUAGGAAGAUCGACGACCUCGUCCUCAACGAAUAUGAGAAUCAAGUGGCCCUCGAGGUGGUGGCGCCUGAAGACAUUCCAGUCGGCUUCAAUGACAUUGGUGGAUUAGACGAUAUUAUUGAAGAGCUUAAGGAGACCAUCAUCUACCCCCUAACAAUGCCGCAUCUGUACAAGCACGGCGGAGCGCUGCUGGCGGCGCCGUCGGGUGUCCUUCUAUACGGUCCUCCCGGUUGCGGCAAGACAAUGCUGGCCAAAGCAGUGGCCCAUGAGAGCGGUGCAUCCUUCAUCAACCUCCACAUCUCGACCUUGACCGAAAAGUGGUACGGCGACUCCAACAAGAUCGUCCGCGCCGUCUUUUCGCUGGCGAAGAAAUUGCAGCCAUCAAUCAUCUUUAUCGAUGAGAUCGACGCUGUUUUGGGAACUCGGAGAAGUGGGGAGCACGAAGCUAGUGGGAUGGUUAAGGCCGAGUUCAUGACCCUUUGGGAUGGCCUGACCUCUACAAAUGCUUCGGGUGUGCCGAACAGGAUAGUCGUACUGGGUGCCACCAACCGCAUCAACGAUAUCGAUGAGGCCAUUCUCAGGAGGAUGCCUAAGCAGUUCCCAGUGCCACUACCUGGUCUGGAACAACGGCGGCGCAUCCUGGAGCUAGUUUUGCGCGGCACAAAGCGCGACCCAGACUUUGACCUCGAUUAUAUCGCGAGAGUUACAGCAGGCAUGUCGGGCAGUGACAUAAAGGAGACGUGCCGCGACGCCGCAAUGGCCCCCAUGAGGGAGUACAUCCGUCAGCACCGGGCGUCUGGAAAGCCUCUGUCCGAAAUCAACCCCGACGACGUCCGGGGCAUCCGGACCGAGGAUUUCUUUGGUCGGCGUGGUGGAAAGAUCUUGUCGGAGAUACCGCCGCGGCAAACCGGCUAUGUCGUGCAGUCGAAGAACUCGAGUGAAGGUGGCUACGAGGAGGUGGAAGACGAUGACGAGCAAGGUACGGCCUCGACGUAG